AUGGCUACUCAGAUCAACAACCUGGUUAACUCGUUCAACGAAUUACUGUUGGAGACGGGUAACGUUCUGGAUGAGAUGUACAGGGACAAGACGGCCAACCUGAUCUUGCCGAGCAGUGGACGGACGCUGACGAAGAAGCUGGACGUGUCGAUAAAGACUGUGAACGAUAACUUGGAUAGCCUGCUUGUGCAACUUAACGACGUUCAGCUUUGGCAGGCGAAGUUGAAGGAGGACAAGGCAGCAGCAGCUGCUGCGGUGCCACAACCUCAACAGUUGCAACCACAGCAGUUGCAACCACAGCAGCAGCAGCAGCAGCAGCAGCAGCAGCAGGGACAGGCCGAUGUGCCGUCGAUACAGGAUAGCGACAUUCUGAGCGAUAUCAACGACUUCCUAGCACAGGUGCCCGAUGGUGAUCUGACUGAUUUUGAUGGCAACCUACAGGACAACAUCAACGAACUGCUGAACGAGGACUACACCAACAUUGUCAACAUGGACAAUGGGACCGCUGGGAACGAAGACUACACCAGCGGAUUCGAUAACAACAUCUUUGAUGAGAUUGAUAGUAUGCUCAACAUGUGA